AUGACACAACUUUUCGAUUCUUCAUCUGGUUCGGCAAGUGCCGCGGGAUCUGAGAAACGCAGUAAUUUCCCCGGCCUUUCACUAUCUACGAGGAAACACUCAAACGACUCCUCCCACUUCCCCACGAAGCUCAAAAACUUCUUCCGCAUCAACAGCUCCUCCUCGUCGUCCACCAAUCACAGCAGCAACACCAACAACCACAGCUCCAAUGGUGGUGCUGGCCAUAAUGACGGCUCAUCGGGCCAUAUCAAGUCGGAGAACAAGAUGAGCUUCAGGCAGUCACGAUUCCUCCCCACGAUCACCAGAAAUCGAUCGACGACGGUUGCAAGUGAAGGAAAUCCGUUGGACGAAGGGAUGUCGCCGACUGCCCAUGCGAAUCCUUACUUUGCACACCAAGGAUAUCCCGCGUUGAGACAUCGGAACGAUGGCAGCGUUUCCUCCGUUGUUGCUCCCGAUAACCCCGAGUUGCAGGGAGGUGGCGUUUCUGCGGGAGACCAGACUACGUCAGCCGGUAAGGAGGAGUUGGCUAGGAAAUUGAGAAGGGUGGCUUCUGCACCAAAUGCACAGGGAUUUUUUGCUAGUGGGAAAUCUGAUAAUAGGCCUAGGACAGCGGAGUUGGGGAAGGGACCUCUUGUGGAACAUGAUGAAGGGGCCAGGUUAAAUCUUGUGGAUCAGGCAAAGGGUAAUAAUAAGAAUACGCUUUCUGUGCCGAAUGUUGAUGAAUUAUCGAAUCUUUCCCCGCCAAACCUAAACCGCAGUCCUAUUGCGUUCAGGAGGACGUAUAGUUCGAAUUCGAUCAAGGUACGGAAUGUCGAGGUCGGACCUGGGAGCUUCGAUAAAAUCAAAUUGAUUGGGAAGGGGGAUGUGGGCAAGGUGUAUUUGGUUCGAGAGAAGAAGUCUAGUCGUCUAUACGCCAUGAAGGUGCUGAGCAAAAAGGAGAUGAUCAAACGGAAUAAAAUCAAGCGGGCUCUGGCUGAACAGGAGAUUCUCGCCACGAGCAACCAUCCUUUUAUCGUCACACUGUAUCAUUCGUUCCAAUCGGAAGAUUACCUUUAUCUUUGCAUGGAGUAUUGUAGCGGCGGUGAAUUUUUCAGAGCUCUUCAAACACGUCCAGGCAAAUGCAUCCCCGAAGAUGAUGCUCGUUUUUACGCUGCGGAAGUCACUGCUGCUCUGGAAUAUCUUCAUCUCAUGGGAUUCAUAUACCGAGAUUUAAAACCCGAGAAUAUCCUAUUACAUCAGUCGGGACACAUAAUGCUGUCCGACUUUGACCUUUCUAAACAAUCUGGACCAGGUGGAGCCCCUACCAUGAUCAUAGGCCGCAACGGCACUUCCCCUACAUCAUUACCGACAAUCGACACAAAGUCAUGUAUCGCCAACUUCCGGACAAAUUCUUUCGUAGGGACAGAAGAGUAUAUUGCUCCUGAAGUUAUCAAGGGCGAUGGACAUACAAGUGCCGUCGAUUGGUGGACACUGGGCAUCUUGAUAUAUGAGAUGCUAUUCGGUACCACCCCAUUCAAGGGCAAGAGUCGAAACAGCACCUUUGCGAACAUCUUGAGGGAUGAAGUGCCGUUCCCUGAGAGUUCUGGUUCCCCUCAGAUAUCAAAAAAACUAACCAUUCAACUUCAGUAUCUGCAAAUCCCUUAUCCGCAAACUCCUGAUAAAAGACGAAACACGGCGCCUAGGCGCGCCGCGCAGGCGCAUCAGACGUUAAAACCCACCCCUUCUUCCGUACGACACAAUGGGCACUCAUCCGGCACAUGA